AUGCGAGGGGCGGUGUACUGGGGAGCUGUGCCGCGUGCAGUGCCGCGUAUGGUGCCGGCGGCUGGAGUGGCGGGCGGAGGGCUGGCGGCGCGGGCGCUGAGCACGGCGACCGGCCCGCGGGCGUCCGGGUUUGGCCACUUUGGCGGCGACAGCGAUGGAGGGGCCGAGGGCAGCGCACGAGUCCAUCCGCUGGCUAUUCCGGGCAAUGCGCUAACGCGUGUGCCGAUCAUGGCGCGAGUCAUGUCACUGCUCUGCUCAAGCUCGAUGAAGCGGCUCCUGCCGCCGCCGUUCUGGACACCCGGCGCGCUCGAGGCUGGAGCGCUGGCGGCGUUCCGGGCGCUCCUCGCCGACCCUGCGCUCAAGAGCUGGUCGGCCAAGCCGCACAUGUUUGACGUCGAGUUUCUGUCCGAGGUUGUCGCGCCCGGUGCGCGGAACGAGACCGUCCCGCCGGUCCUUCUCUCUGCGCCGCUGGUGGAAAUGAUCCGGCCAAAGGUCAAGGUCCGUGCGGUGGGCGCGGCGUUUGGGGCCGCCGAUGACGAUGGGAGCCACACUAACGUGUGGGGCCUUCGAAUGCCGACGCAGACCAUCGGUGAGUUUGCGUCUGAGCAUGGGUACGCGCCGACGACGCUUGCGAGCGUUGUGGAGGAGUGCAUGGCGGAGUACGCGAGGUUCGACGUCCUUGUCCGCAUCGACAUGCCGGUCAUGCUCGCACUCGGCGGGCCGGGCAUCGGCUCGUUUGCGGCCGAGGGCCCGGACUUUGAGGCGAUGAUGCGCGAGGCAAAGAGCUUUGGGCCGUUUAAGGUCAUGACUGCCAAGGGAAUGGGCGGCUCGGGCGGGCUCGGGACCCGGCUCCGCCACGAGAUUGUGCUUUCGCUCGAGCUUCCGGCCGACGAGCCCAAGUGGGUGGUGUCGGACGUCAACCACGCGCUGGGCGUCUUUGGCGGCUAUCUCCGCUCGCGCAUGAAUGCGGUCGAAGAGCUCGGUGCUCCGUAGGUGUGGGAGGCUCGCAAGCCAGCGUUCAAUGCGGCGCUUCGGCGUCGUCCUCAGGCGCAAUGUCCGAGAACAUCUCGACAAGGAAAGAGUCGACAAGAGCCUUGAGCGCAAAGUUCUGCACGUUCAUCGACAUGCGCUUCUUCUUGGGCGCCACCCGCUGUGACGCCGUGGUUUUGCGGACGAGCUCGUUGCAGACGGUCUCGCGGGACUCGAGCUGGUUAAACUUGGC